UCCCGGCCGCUUCCGGUGUCUCGCCGCGGCCGCCUCUUCCGGCGCGGCGGCGCGGGUCUGCCAUGGAGCAGGACGACCCGGCCGAGGCGUUGACGGAGCUGCGCGAGCGGCGGCUAGGCGCGUUGGAGCUGCUGCAGGUGGCGGCGGGCUCGGGCCUGGUCGCCUACGCCGUGUGGGCGCUGCUGCUGCAGCCGGGCUUCCGCCGCGUGCCGCUGCGGCUGCAGGUGCCUUAUGUUGGCGCGAGUGCCAGGCAGGUGGAGCACGUGUUGUCGUUGCUGCGAGGCCGUCCAGGAAAGAUGGUGGACCUGGGCUCUGGCGACGGCAGGAUUGUGCUGGCUGCCCACAAAUGCGGUCUCCGCCCAGCUGUGGGCUAUGAGCUGAACCCGUGGCUGGUGGGGCUGGCGUGGCUGCAUGCCUGGAGGGCAGGAUGUGUGGGCAAUGUCAGCUACCGCCGUGAGAACCUCUGGAAGGUGAGCCUGAGGGACUGCCACAAUGUGUCUGUGUUCCUGGCUCCUAGCGUGCUCCCACUGCUGGAGGACAAGCUACAGGCAGAGUUGCCUGCAGGAGCCCGAGUGGUGUCUGGGCGCUUCCCCCUCCCCACCUGGCAACCUGUGGCUGUACUGGGUGAGGGCCUGGACCGCGUCUGGGCCUAUGAUGUCCACAGUGGUGGGCCAGCUGGGCAGGCUGUCCCAGGGCCUAGUUCUGCCUCUGUACCUGGAGCCCCCAAUUCUCAGGUUGGCUGACUGGACACAAUAAAGACUCAGUGGGUUCCA